AUGAUCGCCUCGUUAACCUACUACCUUCUGGUCGUCGCCAGCCUCACGAGUGUGCUCGGUGUCGCGCCGUCGCGCAGGGACGAUGAUUCCAAACCCAUCCGAAACGUGGCUAUUAUAGGAGCUGGAGCUGCCGGCGCAUCCGCCGCUUACCAUCUCAGCCAAUACGCCCGUGACGAGAACCUUCCCGUCAACAUCACCAUAUUCGAAAAGACACCCCGCGUCGGCGGUCGCACCCUCACCGUUCACGCCUACGAUGACCCAACCUCUGGCGAGCAACCCGUCGAGCUUGGCGCCUCCAUCUUCGUUACUGCCAACCGCAUCAUGCACGACGCCGCCCUAGCCUUUAACCUGACGCUCCAAGAUCCCAUGCCCUCUCGCAAGGGCGACCUGACCAUCAUCUGGGACGGCGCCUCCGUCGUCUUCGAGUCCACCGAGGAUGGCAGCUCCUGGUGGUGGGAAGCCGCCCGCCUAUGGUGGCGCUACGGCAUGAGCCCCUAUCGCGCCGUCAACCUCAUCAAGACGGUCGUUGCAACCUUCCUCAAGCUCUACGAUCCGCCCUACUUCCCCUUUCGCUCCCUUACCCAGCGCGCCUACGAGCUCGGCCUCGAACGCGUCACCGGCGUCACCGGCGCCCAGUUCCUCGCCGACGCCGGGGUCAACCACGACUUUUGCCGCCACAUCCUUCAGCCCGCCACCCGCGUCAAUUACGCCUCCAACCUCGCCCACAUCCACGGCCUCGAGACCAUGGUCUCCUUCGCCACCGACGGCGCGGUCGCCGUCCGCGGCGGUAACUGGCAGAUAUUCGACAAGAUGAUUGAGGCAAGCGGUGCCACAAUAUACCGCAACGCCACCGUCCGGGCCAUCAACUUCAAACCCGAAGGCCCCAACAGCGUAGCGCGUGCCCUGAAAAAAUACGACAUCUCGGUCGCGGGCGACGAUGCGGUCCGGGCCGCCUUUGACGACAUCAUCAUCGCCACGCCCUGGCAGUACAGUAACAUCUCUGCCGGCCGAGGUAUCAUCACACACAAGAUUGACGAGAUCCCUUACAAGGAGCUGCACGUGGUCCUGUUCACGUCGCCGUACCAGCUGCGCACCGACCUGUUUGGGCUGCCGCGUGGGGGCACGCCGCCCUCAAACGUCUACACCACGCUCAAAGACGGCGUCGAGGCGGACCCGGACAACGUCGUCGGUGAGACGGGCUUCUUGUCGCUGAGCACACUGCGCACUCUGGUGAACCCGGUGACAGGGCAGACCGAGUAUCUGUACAAGCUCUUUUCGCCCGAGGAGGUGGCGCCCGCGCGCCUGGACGGCUUCUUUGAUAGCGACUGGAAAGACAAGCAGGAGGUGUCCGAUGAGCACAAAUCUGAUGGCGACAGCGGCCCUAAGGAGCCGGCCAAGGUGACAUGGUACCGCAUGCAGACUUUCAAUCCGUACCCGGUCGAACUCCCGCGCGUGACGUUUCAAGACCCCGUCGUGGGCAAUGGCGUCUACUACACGUCGGGUAUUGAGAGCUUCAUCUCCACCAUGGAGACGAGCGCACUCAUGGGUAAGAACGUCGCGCGCCUACUGGCCGACGACGUGGCUGGCAACGCGGGCACCGGCGGCGCGUACGUCGCGCCGUACCGGCCGUCGCCGAACCACCCGCAACGGGAGGACUUUUUCCAGAGCAUGGAGAAUGAUUUGGAUGAUAUGAUGAUGAUGGAUGAGCUGUAG